AUGAAUACUUUUGCUAAAACUUUAAUUCCAACUUUAAGAUUGGCAUCAAGAUCCAAUUUAAUGAGAACACAAUCAAAUAAUUUAUUUGGUUUGAGAAUGUUUGUUGAUCAAGCAGCAACAACAUCCUAUUUAAAUAGUCAAAGAUAUUUCUCCACUGAGAAUAAAGCAGCAGAGGAGAAACCAGCCACUGAGCAAGCUGAGGGAGAAAAGUCAGCUGCUGAACCAACAUUGGAAGAGCAAAUCGCCGACUUGAAGAAGCAACUCGAAGACAAACACACCCAACUUUUAUAUACUGCAGCGGAGCGUGAAAAUGUUCGUCGUUGGGGUAAGGAAGAGGUAGACAAGGCAAAGAAAUUCGGUGCACAAUCACUCACUAAAGAUCUGUUGGAGGUCGUCGACCAAUUGGAAUUGGCACUCGCUCAAUUCACCCCAGAACAACUACAGGCCAACAAAGAACUCAGCAAUUUAUACGAAGGUGUCAAGAUGACAGAGAAUCUAUUUUUGAAGGUCAUGGGUAACAACGGUGUCGUCAGAUUCGACCCAAUCGGUGAGAAGUUCGAUCCAAAUGUACAUCACGCUCUUUUCCAAGUUCCAGAUGCUUCGUGUGACGCUGGCACCAUUAAAACUGUAGUAAAGAAAGGUUUCAAAUUGAAUGAUCGUUUAGUUAGACCAGCUCAAGUUGGUGUAUCAAAGAAAUAA